AUGCCUGUUGAUGCACUAGCGCUGAGAAAGAAGAUCAGCAGGAUGGCCUUUGACCCAGCCGUCUGUGCCAUCCUUAGCAGCCUGCUGCUCUAUAUCACAGACCAUGUAGAUGGGCCUCAGGGGCCUUCUCCAGCCAAAAGGGCAGAAGGCAAGGAGAACAAGGUGAACUGCAGGCCCCAGCCCCAGAAACCCUACCUGCGGCCCACAAAGUUCCAGCUUCUGCAGUCCAAGUUCAUGAACACUAACCGGGAGCCCUACAUCAAGAAAACCCGGGAGGUGGGGAGGCUGAUAUUCAAGGACAAGCAGGGGCCCAGCAGAAGCUUUGUGAACACGACCAUCAACAAGCUUCUGGAAAAGACCAAGGAGAAAGCAAGCAGCCCAGACGAAGAAAAGAAGCCAUUCUCCAGCGAGAAACCCAGGUGGGGCCACCCCACUGGAAAAAGCAUCGUGAAAAACAUUUUAAAGAUGUUCUUGGCCGCGGAGGAGAAGGAAGCUAAGGAGAAAGAAGCUCGAGAGAAGCCUGCCGCUGGGAGGCCUAAGACCUCCUGCAGCAUCUUGCCAAAGAUAGUCCGCAAGAAGAACUCAGUCCUGUCCAAACUGAGAGAAAAAUUUGAGCAAAGUAGUUCUCUCUGCUCAGAGGCCAGUGUGCUGCUGCUCCGUAAAGAGGAACGGAAGAAAAAGAACGUGCAAAGGAAGAAAAUGCACAGGCCUGAGAUCCAGGUGCUUCACACAGCAACCAUGGUCAGCACCUGCAUCAAAACGCCCCUGGCCCGCUACCUGGCCUGCACGGCCGAGCCUGUGCCGGCCUUCAGCAUUGCCACCAUUGUCUGCAGCCCCAGGAGCUGGUUGUCACACUGCACUAAAAUUAGUCACUCCAAAUCUAGAAGUAUGCCAAGAAGAGAAGCAAGCCUGCCUUCCAACGCAGGGGAAAUUGAGCCCGAUGAGAAUAAAAUACCAGGAAAGGGGCCACUUGGUGGACAGCGCAAAGGACAAAUGAAACCCACACAGUCCUUGAUGCCCAAGGUGACAGCUCAUCAGGAGGACCAGGCUGUUCUGAAAAUGUCUUUCCCCAGUGCUGGGCCUGAUUCUCUGCCCACGCUAGACUCCUAUUCUGCUUUCUGUGAAAGCAAAGCCCUUCCAGACCACAUUCCAGUGUUAUCGCCACUCAACCCAGCCAACCAAAGAGGCACUGGAUUAGCUGGAUGUGAUAAAAUGACGGGACUGAGGGGAGAGAUAGCUGCAGAGGGCGUAAGGGAGGCUGGCUCACGUGUAGAUUUUCCCCAUUCCAGUGAAGCAAGAGCAGCCCAGUCACGUGAGUCCCCAGGCGAGAGAGCAGGGCAAAUUCCCCAAAUGGCCAUGACUGUCUGCAGUUCAGAGGAUGAAAUAGAAAGCACACCAGACUCAGAAAGAGACCCCUUCUUUGUCAUCCAAAAGUACUUCCCAGAACAGAAAGUACCAGAACAUAUCCCACCACUGAACACUCCAGCCGUCCAGGCUGCUCGGCGAACACAGUCUACCAUGGAGCCUCCACAAAUAACUGUCAAACUUCCAGUUGUUUAUGAAAUGCCACCCCCUCCUGUCACGCUACAAAAUUCAUCCAGUAGUGAAGACAAAUGUACUCACAUUUUUGGAGGAGAGAACGUGAUUGAGACCACGCAGACAUUGUUUCCCAUUAUGACUGAAAAUAAAAGGGGUAACAAAGCCACAGUGAAACCAAGCAAACCUUCUGGGAUGCCAGUGGAACUCAAUACUUCUUUAAAGCAAGGAUCACAAGCAGAUCUAAAGCCUGUUCCGUUAAGAGGUGCUGCUAGUUUUGAUCGUAAUAUCCCAGAGAUAGUUCUGACACCAAAACCUCAGAAAAAUUCCACUGGCAAAAAGGAAAACAAAUGCAACCUUGAAAAAUCAAAAACUUUCAAGGAUCAUAAUGAUAUUUCAAGAGAGAGUAUUUCUGAGCUCAGUUAUGAGAAGCACCGAUUGCCAGAAUCAAAUGAAAUACUGAUACAUAACAAUGGUACCUCAUCAAAUUAUUCCACAACAUCGAAAAAUAGUCUAAGAGGAAAUAUCUGCUCUACCUCUGGCAGUCAGCCAUUGCCCUCUUCCAACGAGAGAAACUCAACGGGUGUCUCAACAUUGCUAGUAGCACCAUCCAAGGAUUGUAUGAAGUCUGAGAGUUUUACCAUGAUGGACAAGAACAUCCUGUGUGAGCAAGAAGAAUACAAAAGACCGCCAUUAACAGAGUUUGCUCAGCCCCUAAAGACUGCUGAAGGAAGCCUCAACCAUGAUUUUGGCAAGAACAAACUGUCCUCAUUAAAUAAACUACCCAAACCAAGAAUCAAAGCCUCUGAGGAAAUGACAGCUGUAGGAAGCAUCAAGAGUCAUACAAUUCCAUCUCCAGGUAAUACCCUAAUCCCUGAAGACAAUAUGGUGGAAGAGUCGAAUACUUUUGACAAGAAAGAAUACAGAAUACGGUCAACAAGACAUUUUGUCACUAAAGGAAAGAGUCUUGUAGGAGAGUAUCUCCCUCACGAACCCAACAAACACCAUUUCUUGGCACCAAGUGGAUCCUCAAAACACAAAAAUAGUAGAGCAGCAGAAAGGAGUAUCCUCAGUGACACAGAGCAGUGCCCAUCUUCAACACCAAAGUACCUGAUAACCAACCUGACUGAAGCUGCUUAUACACACCUUAUGUUUGACAAGCCCCGAUCAUGUGUUUCAAAUGAAUUAACAGAAAGCAAAAAGAUUGCAGCAGUAAACAGCAAAAAUAAUAUAGCUACAGAAGGAAAGCUUUUGGGUAAUAACCUGCAGUCCCAAAUUCUAACUUCAAAUUAUUCCGUGCCUCAGGAAAACAGUGCAGCAGGGUUUCCCUGCCACAGUUUUGGCAAGCAGCAGUUACCAUCUUUGAAACAGCGGUUUUUUGGCGCUGAGAGUUUCCAUCAGUUUCCCAUGAUGCCAUCAACUGAAGUAGAAGUAAAGUGUGUGAAUGGAGCAUCCCAGGAGCAGAAGUAUCCUAAUCUUCAAACACAUCUGUUACCUUCAACAAGCAUAUUGUCAAAGCACAAGGCUGAUGUCCCAGAGGAAAAGAAUUUGGGAAAUAAAUUUGAGGAAAGUCAACUGAUGCUAGGUAACUUAGGGAGUCAAGAAAAUCACCAUGAACAAGAGAAAAAUAUCUCAAGUAAUGUGAGGUUACCCCAGACUCAACAUCCAGAUGAUUCUGGAAAAAAUAAAACAGCAUCUUUGGGUCAGAAGGCUAUGUUGUAUACUGCUAAAAAGCCUCAAACACAGUCGUCAAACGAUUUGGCAGAAAAUGAAAAGAUGACUCCUGAAGGGAAGAAUUCCUGCCAGCGGACUGAGAAAAGUCAAGGACAUUUACCAGGGGAGUUGGUGAAGCAACUAAAUAUCCCAGCUCAGAAAAGUGGAGCCCAAUCUGAGAAGAAGCAAUCAGCACCAACAGGGAGUCCAGAGAAGCCAGGAAGCCUUGCUGUUCAAGGAGGAACAGAGACCAUGGUAAGCAAGAUGGUACCUUAUGAGUUGGAGCAGCCCCCACACAGUACAGCAGAAGUAAAGCCUACUGCUGGUAAAAAUGGGAAAUACCAAAGACCAGCACCCAGUGACGGCUGGAAGAAGGAACAUGACACACACUACAAGCCAAAAGAAAGAUACAACUUGGCUGUUGCUGUGGCCUCAUUCAGCGCUCUGGACAAGGCUGUGGGCAGGUGUGUAGCCCUACAAAAUACUCCAAGUCUGAAUCUUGUGAUGCGAACACAAAAGGAGUGUUCAACAGCCAACAUCAGUAGCCCCGCCGUGACACCUGGGGUGACAGCCUAG